AAGCGUUAGAUGUCAACGAAUGGACUUUCGACCGCCUUUUUUGGCUCGAUUUGCACGUUUCACUCAAAAUCUAUUCGUCCCAUCAUGUCACCGGUCUCGCUGCUAAUUUUGUCCCUUCUGGCAGGUUGUAAUGUAUGCACAUAUGUCAAUGGACAGGAGUCAUUCGACUUAUCUCCAAAUAUUAGCCUCAGCUGGGAUUGGGAGUUCCAGUUCAAGUAUCCACUUGGCAACGAUACCGAAGCAAUGUUCGAGUAUACAUUCUGCCCCAAAUCCAGUGUUUUUGAACUGAAAGAUGCUGGGGAGAACGACACAUUACUUCUCAAAAUAACCCCAUCAUUAAUGGACUCUCUUUUAUCCCACUGCACGUUGACUAUCUUAAUUACUCAGAACGAGGGCUAUUUCGCAUGGACUAAUAUGACCUUGGAUUAUAAAUUCAGCAACACAGUUACCAAAAAUGCUACCUUAACAAACAUAUCAAAUGUGCUGCUUAGCGAACAAAGUGUGCAAUCAAGCCCACACGAAAAAUUCUUGACAAGCGUGAAUGACGUUUACGAAUGUCUCUCUCGCAUUCCCAUCCCUUUCGAAAAACAUGUCGCCAUCACAUUCCAGAACAUGACGUUUCAAGCCUUCAAAGCAGUUCCAAAUCCUGUGAAUAAAAGCGCGGAAGUGUGCCCUCGAGACUUCAAAACCAACAUUCCAAUCACCGCCCUCACUGGAUCUUCUCUACUCGUUAUCGUCACUGUCAUCGUCGGUGCCUUUGGAAUUAAAUUGAUUCUAAAUCACCAGAAGCGAAAAGAAAGCUAAAAGAUACCUCGUAGUUCCCGUCUCAAAGAAAAGCUCCUUUCGCACUAACUUUCUCCUUCUACCCUUUCUACCACUCCAUUUUCGUACUGUUGCUUAGAGACCGCUAUUCCGCCGUAAAAGAUCACAUAUGUCUAUUUCUAUUUUUUAGUUGACUGCUGGACAAUUAACAAUUUAUAGAUGUAUUGAGAUACAUAAAUUUUCAUCUCCAUUCUUUCUGGAGCCCUAGACUCUCGAUCUUAUGGGUUCAGCUCCCCCAUCCGUUCAUGCUGUACGUCGUUGUAACCACGUGCUGAAAGAUUUUGCAACCUUGUAUUCGCUUAACUUUUUUGGAAUCUACAUUCUUACCAACUACUCAUGGUGCGUACAUCCUUGACCUUGCACCCUUGUCUUUCACACUAUUAUCUUCUCAUGAUGUGAGUGUCAAGGCGGAAACCUGAAGCAUAUGAGUGAAACUUCGAUUAUACUCGUCCUUCUUGUUGAAUGUAUCACACCUGUCUACACAGUUAUCCAUGCUUCGAAUCGGACGAGGUCGAGCUUUAACCACCCUAGUUGAUCCAUUUCAUCAGAUUUGGUUCCGUGUUCUAGCAUCCUUUGUGUUUGUCGGUGAUUAUUCCCGGAGUAAGACGCCACCCAGACAGCAAACGGACUCAUCUUCGUAAACAGUUCGGUUCUACUCACUGUCCAUUUAUAGUCCGACUACCAAAGUACAUCAUAGAAUUCUCC